AGAGACACUGAAGAGAGAGAGUCAGAGGGAAAGAGGCAGAGAGAGAGACCAGUUGGUUCUACAGGUUCUGAAGGAUGGCGUUGCUCUUCCUGCUGCUCUGUGCUGUCUCACUCUCUGAUGGGUUUAAUAUUGACGUGUUGAACCCAGAGCCAUUCAUAGGAAAUAAAGAGGACUUUUUUGGAUACAAACUGCAGCAAUAUCAGUCUGACAAGAUGAAACAAAUUAUCGUCAGCGCUCCAUUAGGCGCAAACAGAUCAGGAGCGAUUUUUAAAUGCACAGUGGAGAAGAGAAACUGCAGCCAUUUGUAUCAGCCAGACUUGAAGGAGAUCAGGUUCUUUGGGAUGUCGAUGGCGGUGAGGACGUCUCCAUCAGCCACACUCACUAGUUGCAGCCCAAGUUUCUCUCAUGAGUGUGAUGGAAACUCAUAUUUGAACGGAAUCUGUUACCAGUUCAACAGCAAGCUGAACACCGUCACCAACAUCACCGCCGCUUUCCAAGAGUGCACAAAGAGUAAAGUGAACCUGGUCUUCCUUUUCGAUGGCUCCAGCAGCAUGCAAGCCUCCGACUUUGAUAAGAAUAAAAAAUUCAUAUGGGACAUUGUAACAACACUCAAAAACUCAUCCAUCGAGUUUGCUGCUGUUCAGUUUUCUAAGACAUUUAGUACAGUUUUCACCUUUAAAGAUUAUGUUAACGGCAUGGCGAAGAAGAAACUUGAUGAAGAAAAGCACAUGAAGUCACUCACACUCACAUACAAGGCCAUCGACUUCACCCUUAAGAAUUUGUUUAAUAAUGUGGAGUCCGGUGCAGAUCCUGAGGCUACUAAAGCCCUGGUCAUCAUCACAGAUGGAAAUCCUUCUGAUAUAAACACUAACGAGAUACAGCGCUGUGAGAAACUCAACAUCGCUCGCUUUAUCAUCGGGGUGGGGAAAAUAGACAAUUUUGAGAAGCUGAAUAAACUUGCCUCAGAGCCGAAAGAGAGCAACAUCUUCAGGAUUGAAAACUACGAUGGACUAAAUGGACUUCUGGAUAAACUGCAAAAUAUGAUCUAUGGCAUCAAGGGAGCUCAGGGAAGGAACUAUAGAGAAGAGCUGUCUCAGAGUGGAUUCAGUGCUGCCAGUGACAAGGACACUCUCAUUCUGGGAGCUGUUGGAUCUGAUAAUUGGCGUGGAAUGCUGUAUGAGGUUACAGGAUCUGAAGCUGGGAUGGAAAUCAAGGACGAAAACCUAAAUAAGGACUCGUACAAUGGUUACUCUGUUGUGGUUGGACGGAGAGGCAGAGUUUCUCUUGUGUUCUCUGGAGCACCAAGAUCUAAUCACAGGGGUCAGGUGACUCUGUUUAAAAAGAUGACCCACAAAUGGGAAGCCAUGAGCAACAUCUCUGGAGAACAGAUUGGCUCGUAUUUUGGUGGAUCAGUGUGUGUGUUAGACCAGAACUCCGACAGCAACACUGAAUUCCUCGUGGUUGGAGCUCCGCUGUAUUACAAACCUCAUCCUCAGAGAGAGGGACGGAUUUACAUCUACAGACUCACACAGCAGCUGAAGUUGGAGAAGGAGUUGGAGAUAAGUGAAUCAGCUCAGGGUCGGUUUGGGAUGACUCUAGCUGCUGUAGCAGAUCUGAAUGGAGACCAGCUGCAGGAUUUAGCAGUUGGAGCUCCACUGGAAGACAAUCGAAAAGGAGCCAUUUACAUUUACCUUGGCAACCAUGAACACGGCAUCCGCCCCAAGUACAGCCAGAGAAUUGCGGCAAGUUCCAUCUCUAAGCAGCUUCAGCAUUUCGGUUUGGCGAUCGAUGGUGUGAUGGACAUGGGACAGGAUGGUCUGACGGACAUUGCUGUUGGAGCACAAGGGACCGUUUUACUCCUGAAAACUCGGCCAGUUGUGUCCAUAUCAGCGAAGCUCAGUUUCUUUCCCUCUGAAAUCAGCCUGAAUAAGUUCGACUGCCUGGGCAGCUCGGAAAAUGCAUUUGCCGUCAUUACUCUCAACACCUGCUUCAGUAUGACAGAGAACACCAACAGCAAAGGGGCAGUGAAGAGUGGUCUGAACGUGUCGUUGGAGCUCAGUGCUGAUGCUGUGAGACAGGACAGUCGGGCGUUUUUCAUUAAGGAACAGAAGACGUCCAGGAGUCUGAUGACGUCUGUGCUGCUGAACUCAGAGUUUUCCUGUUACAACCAUACAGUCUAUAUGCACAGCUGUGUGAAGGACACAGUGUCUUCGGUGUUAUUCCGUCUCAACUUCCACCAGUCUGAUCAUCAGCCGAGCAGCUCCAACUCCAUACUCAACAUCGACAGCAAGACCACGGCUCAUGUAGAGGUUCCCUUUCAGAUUAACUGCAAAAACAGGAGCUGUGUAUCAGACCUGCAGCUGGACUUUAACUUCUUGAACAGCACAUUGCUGGUGGUGGACCAGGCAUCUUUUAUCAUCCAUGUGACUCUACUGAAUAAAGGAGAUGACUCGUUCAACACCAGCGUGGUUCUUUUCUACCCUCCUGGAUUAUCACUCUCGAUAUUCAAGACCAUUGAGUGGAACAGAAGGACUCUGAGCAGUUGUGGAGAUCGUGAUGAUGGAGCACUGAAUAAAACCACCUGCAGUAUCAGUUUACCGGUUUAUCGCAGAGACACGCGUGCCGUGUUUGAGGGUGUGUUCCGCAUCUCACACUCUUACAACUGGACUGACAGCAUGCAGAUGACACUUGUGGCCAGCAGUGAUAACAAUGGAAAUACAAGUAUCACCACAGUGACGAAGACUCUGCCUGUUCAUUUCAGUGUAGAUGUGGACAUCAGCCCUGUUCCUGAGCUUUCUGUAACUUGUCUGGAUUUCUCUCUGGAAGAUAAAGGCCCAAAACCUAUCACUGUUGUGUAUAGGGUGAAUAAUCUGGGACUAAAAGAUCUGCCUGUAGCCGUAAGCUUCCGGAUGCCGUCUCAGACAAACCUGCAUGAUCUGCACAAUCACACCAUCACUGUGUCUCAGAAUGUUACAGCCUGUAACAUCGUACCCCCUGAGAAACAUGCUGACUGUCCAUUUAAGCGGUGUGCGAACUUCAUGUGUCAUUCGUUCUCACUGGAUCCCAGGUCUGCUGUCCAGUUUGAGCUGAGGAUGCUCAUCAGCUUCCCUAAUAAACAAUACACAGGGAAAUUUUCUUUCAGUGAAUUUAGGAAGGAAGAUGAUUUUUCUGUCUUUGCUCAGCUGGUCGUUGAUAAACAGUUUUAUCAUCAGUUAUCCAGUGAGAACGACACAAGCAGAUUUCACCAGGCUAAGAUCAGUGUGAAAGCAGAGCUGGUCAUUCCUCCUAAUAUGAUUAUGAUCAGAGGAACAGGUGUAGGAGGUGGAUUUCUCCUGCUCAUCAUCAUCUUCAUAGUGCUGUUGAAGUCUGAUUUCUUUAAGCUUAGAUAUCAUGAACUUUAUGAAGAAAGGAGUGAGAACAGAACUGAAUCGUUGAAUGAACCGUUCAUCCCCGCUGGAGGAAACAAUGUUGGGUCAGAAAAUGGAGGGAGGGAGAAUGGAGAAAUGGAGAAAGGAGAAAAUGUGGAGUGAAAAGUCUUCACUGAUUGAGCUACUGAUUGUUUAUUAGCAUGAUUCUACUUCUUUAGCUUAGCUACAGUCCCCUCUGAAAAUAUUGGAACAGCAAGGCCAAUUCUUUCCUUUUUGUUAUACACUGAAGACAUUUGGGUUUGAGAUCAAAAUAUAUGAAGAUAUGAAUAUGAAGCGAUAGAUCAGAAUUUCAGCUUUCAUUUCCUGAUAUUUACAUCUAGAUGUGUUAAACAUCUUUUUGGUGGCAGACCACCAAAUUUUUUGUGAUCAGAAAUAUUGGACCAUGUGACUGACAGGUGUUUCUUGUUGCCCUGUUAGAUUGAUUGUUUAAAUAUUUAAUAGCUCUGAAUGUCUACUCUGGGUUUGAGCCCUGGGUUUCAUCUGUGAAGACUGCAUUUGUUGUUAAAAAGGAUAAACCAACAUGAAGACCAGAGAGCUGUCUAUGGGAGAAAAGCAUUUUGAAGCUGAGAAAAGAGGAAAAAUCUAUCAGAGCCAUUACACAAGCAUUGGGCAUAGCUAAAUACAACAAUUAGAAAUGUCCUGAAAAAGAAAGAAGCAUUUACAUUUACAGAGUGACUUACAGAAGGGCUUUGAAGUGUCUAUCAAUAAAUACAUCCUGAUACACAAAAUUUCUGGAACCAAGAUGAACCUCUAUGAAAGUGAUGGAAAUGCCAGAGUGUGGAGAAAGAAAGGAUCUGAUCAUGGUCCAAGCUCAUGGGUCAAGCAUGGCGGAGGUAGUGUCAUGGCUUGGGCUUGCAUGGCUGCUUCUGGAACAGACUCACUAAUCUUUAUUGAUGAUGGAGCUCAUGAUGGUAGCAGCAGAAUGAAUUCAGAAAUCUACAGAAACAUUCUGUCUGCCAAUUUACAGAGAAAUGCAUCCAAUCUAACUGGGAGGAACUUCAUCAUGCAGCAAGACAACGACCCAAAACACACUGCAACACAACAAAGGACUUCAUCAGGGGAAAAGUGGAAGGUUUUAGACUGGCCAAGUCCAUCAGCAGACCUUAACCCAACUGAGCAGCAUUUCACCUCCUGAAGAGGAGACUGAAGGGAGAAACCCCCCAAAACUAACAACAACUGAAAGAAGCUGCACUACAAGCCUGGAAAAGCAACACAAAAGAAGAAUGCAACAGUUUGGUGACGUCAGUGGAUCAAUUUAUCUUUUGAUCUCAAACCCAAAUGUCUUCAGUGUAGAGCAAAAACAAUAGAGUUGGCCUUGUGUUCCAGUACUUUCAGUGGGGACUGUAUAAUGCUGUAUUUGUAACUCUGUGAUUCAUUUAUCAUUGCAGUAUAUUUACUUUUGUAUAAGAGCUUAUCAGCAAAAAUAUCUUAUCUUUUAUUCACUGCAUCAAUUAAUUAAUUGACUUAGGUAUAUUUACUCAUCUAUUAUUCAUAUAUAUUUACUCACUCAUCAGAUGCAGCGAAUGUGCAGUGUUUAAAUUUACAAUCCCAGAACUAUGAUGAUGAAUAGUUACUAUAUCAGAACUCCAGAACCUCAGAGGAGAUAUAAUAAUGUGUCUGUAUCAGUGUUUUUAUUGCGAGGGUUAGGAGGCUGCCAAUAUGGUGGUUAUCAGUGUUUUACAACAAAAUAUUAGAGAAAAACAAAUUUUUGGAUAUAAGAUUAUUUUAGUUUUAUAAAAUUGUUUAUAAAAUAAUAGAGUGUAUAUAGAGUGUUUAUAAAAUUAUUUUAAGGAAAUUUUCUAAAAGUGAAGAAUUUGAAUUAUUUUAAAGUCUUUUAAACCUCUGACUGGGCAGAUACAGAGAGUGACCACUAGAUGGUGGUGGUCAUCUAAUUUUCCCAGACAGAAACUGCUGGAAGAAAUUUUUUUUAAGCAAUUAACCAUGUACAAAGAAAGUGGCAAUAUCAGUACAUUUUUAUAUUAGAAUAUACAGAACAGGUGCAUGAAGAAAUACAAAUAUAUAUACAUAUAUAUUUUUAAAAAAGGGGGGGGGCUAGGGUUUUUCCUGUAAAUCAUAUUCUUCUAUAAAGGACAAAAGAUUUAUUGCAUUUAUCUUUUUCAUCACUUUGAGGGCUUUUUUAUACUGUAAGAUAUAAACCCAUAAUAAAAUGCACAAAACGUUGGUUUAACUUUCAAGUACUUAGAUUUGUGUAUAUAAUAUUUUCCCAGCAGAAGUACAUUAUUAACAAGGAAGUCAUCUUUGUUCAUUACAAGUCCAAAGAUAAUGUCCUUCACAGUGAAAUUUUUAAGGCGAGGUACCUUUGGGUAAAGCCAGUCAUGAAUAUCAGACCAUAAAGCAUCCGCAUACAUACAGUGAAAAAACAAAUGUUCCGUGGUUUCAAUAUCAUCACAAAAUAUAUAUUUAUUAGAGUCAAAUCCAAAUCUUAGUCAUAAGUAUUCACUGGAUGGAUAUAUCCCACUUAAAGUUUUAAAAUGCAUUUCUUUAAUUUUGGGAGAUAAAGGAAAUUUAAAAUAUUUGAUUCUAAGUCUGUAAAUGGUAUCUUUUGAAAAAUUAUGUGCGAUUGAGUUUUUAUAAACUACUAUAGGAUAAGAAUACAUUUCUAAUCAUUUUAUUUGAAAGUUGACUUUCUUUGAAAUCACAACCUUUAAUUAAAAGCGGUGGGAGAUUCGGGCUCAUGGGGAUAGAAUAAGAGAGAAUUUCCUUAAUUAGAUAGACAAUAGAUUUAGGGAUGGCUUUAGUAAUAGAUUCAAAUUUGGCCCAAUUACAAAUUAAAUUAUAUUUAACACAAACAUUUUCAUAUGAAAUAAUACCAUUAUUUCUAUCAAUUAAAUGGGACACUGACCAAAUACCUUUCUCCAUCCAGUCCUCUUCAUACAGUGAAUUAUUCCUAACUGUAAUAUAUCUAUUAUUCCAUAAUGGUGUAUUGUGUGGUGUGAAGUUAUGAUUAUAUAAAAUCUUCCAGUAUAACAUGACCUGCUGGUGAAACUGGGAUAAUUUAAUUGGGAGACAUUGAACAGUGAAAUCACAUCUUAGUAAAAAUUCUAUUCCCCCUAAUUUCUUAAAUAAUUCUCUGGGAAUAUGAAACCAAAAAUUGUUGUUGUUUACAAAGGAUUUCAACCAUUUUAUUUUUAGGGUCCGAUUUAUAGAAUCAAAAUCAAUGGCUUGUAAACCUCCAUCAUCUCUACUCUUUUCAUGUAAUGGGUUUUCUUUUUCCAUAUGAAACCAAAGUUAACCUGGGUGAUUUUUUUUAUGGCUCUAUUUGAAAUGGCUAUUGUGUGUGCAGGAUAUAUUAAUCUUGAAAUGCCUUCCAUCUUAGUCAAAAAUACUCUACCUAAUAAGCUUACAUCUCGUAAUAACCAAGAGUUAAGUUUAAUUUGACAUUUAUCUAAUACUUUCCACACAUUCACAUAUUCGUUUUCAUGGAAGAAAUUAUUAACUCCUGAAAGUUAGAUCAGAAAGUUGCAGUGCAUUAUGGGUAAAAGUAAAAGUUCAUGUCACCUUAAUACCACUUAAUACCACUUAAAGAUACUGUAAUAAUAACCAGAAAUACAAAACUUAUUA